AUGGUGAUUCAAAAAAGCCUCACUGACCUGCAUGCCCGCCACGUUGGCAUCAACUGGAAGGCAUAUUUUGAGCCAUUCGGUUGCAAGCGAGUGCUCCUGCCAACAUACGCCUUCCAGCGAGAGGUCAUAGGGCCGAACGGGGCAGCGAUAAAGUCAGACAUCAAUGGACACGCGACGACUUCGUCUAAAGGCGCCAAAGUCCCAUUAACAGGCUCUUUCCCACUGGAAAUCAAGUGGAAUCCAAUUGACGUCGACAACGUAGGCCCAACACGGGGAAUAUGGGGUUUGUGGGACUCGGCAGUAGCCAGCGCAGGUACGGAGUCAUUAACAGACUACGUGAGAAACGCUUUGUCGACCGUUGAAGGCUUGAGGCUUGUCCUGGUCAAUGACCUGGAGGAAGUUGCAGGCUUAGAUGGAUUGAUAUGUCCCUGGGAGUCAGACACCGCCAGCCAUACUCCAAGCCAGGCAGGCCAACUCACGGUGAAGGCUCUCACGCAGCUCCAGAAAGUGUCCUCGGUCCAAUUCUCAAAACCGGUAGUAUGGGUCACACGGCAAGCCAUUGGCACUGGCGUCGUCGCCUCGGAGCUGCUCCAAGGGAUUGGAGCUGCCCCCUUAUGGGGUCUGAUGCGGUCAGUCAGGGGUGAGCAGUCAGAAAUGCGCCUGCGCCUAGUCGACCUAGAAGCGGAGACAGAGACUGGAGGGACAGCACCGAACAUAAUCAGCUCGAUUCUAGCUCUCAACGACGAGCCCGAAUGCGCGAUUCGCAGAGAUCAGAUUCUCGUGCCCCGCAUAGCGCAUGCCGAGGACCCAGGAUCGUUGAAAGCAGAACCUCUGAUCCGUCAAGACGGUGCGGUUCUCAUUACCGGUGGCCUGGGAGAUCUCGGAGCACAUGUUGCCCGUUUUCUUGCCAGCCGCCAUGGGGUCCGGGACCUGGUCCUGGUGUCUCGCCGGGGUAUGUCUGCGCCGAAUGCCAAGUCGGUGGUGGCCCAGCUUGCUUCUCUUGGUGCCAAUACCACUGUCAUCACUGGAAGCGUGGAUGACCUUGAAAGCAUGCAGCGCAUCAUGGAGCUAUUCAACCCCAGUCGACCCCUUCGCGGUGUUGUCCACACGGCAGGGGUGGCAGACACCGGCAUCCUCUCCACGUUGAGGCCAGAGCGUUGCUCCGAAGUGUUUGCACCCAAGGUGAGCGGCGCCUGGAACAUGCACACACUGACCAAGGACAUGGACCUGGACAUUUUUGUCCUGUUCUCCUCCAUCUCCGGUGUCAUAGGGUUGCCCGGGAUCGGCCUAUACGCUGCGGCCAAUGCCUUUCUGGACGCGCUGGCUCAUCUGCGAACCGCCACAGGCCUACCGGCAACAUCAAUAGCUUUCGGAACCUGGCAGGGAGAUGGAAUGGCAGCUGGUCAUAGUGGGACGAUUCGCGCGCAUACUUCACAGUUUGGCCGCAGUCCGUUGACCCAUGAGGAAGGGCUGCGACUUUUCCAUCAGGCAGCCUCGAGCGGCCGAGCUCUCACAGUGGCUACCUCGCUUGAUCUCAAAAGGCUACAGAGUCACUUUGACGAUCGGGGAGGAGUUCCGGCCCUGUUUCGUUCGCUCUUAGGUCAAAGAAGCAGCCGGCCUGGACAGAAUCUGCGCAGGGCAUGGACUGCCGCGCCUGCAAAGCAAAGGCCCGGCAUUGUACUCCGCAUGGUUCAAGAAACCAUGGCCAGCGCGUUAGCAUUCGCGCACCCAGAUGAGGUGGACGUCCACAAACGUCUACAAGAUGUCGGGAUCGACUCGCUUACGGCGGUGCUUGUUCGAAACCACCUCAGCGUGCUCACCGGCUUGAAGCUGUCCGCAAAUUUCACAUACCAUCAUCCGAAUGUGAAGGCGCUUAGUGAUCACUUGACAAGCAAACUGCAGAGUGCUUGGGACGCAGAUGAUGUUGCCCCUACGUCCCUUUUGUCCCAGUCAAGUAAUUUAGACCCCGUCACCAAUCCGCCAUUGUCAACAGAUUCUCCCUCCAUCAACCUAGCCUCGAUCCGAAAAGGCUGCCUGGACGCCAGUCUAAAAUUCGAAAAUGCCACUCAAUGUGUCGCGCAUCCCAAGUCCGUUCUUGUGACUGGCUGCACGGGGUUUGUUGGUGCAUUUAUCGUUCAUGAGUUACUGAAGCAGGGCAUCACGGUGUAUUGUGUAGUACGUGCAAAUAACGACCAUCACGCGAGGCAACGAAUGGUCGACACGCUGACCUGGUAUGGAUUAUGGGACGCUCGAUUCAUGCCGAUCCUUCACAUCGUUGUAGGGGAUAUCACCCAACCUCUGCUUGGCCUCGACGAGCAGCUAUUCGAAGAGCUAAGUGAAACGGUCGAUGCUAUAUGUCACUCUGCUGGCCUCGUAGAUUGGAUGCGACCGCUGGAUGACUACGUCGGCCCGAACAUGAUCAGCACGCACGAGGUAUUGCGAUUAGCCUCGCGGGGCCGUGGCAAGGCAGUCCAUCUCGUGUCCACCAUCGCCACACUACCGAUGCACCUGGGAUGGGACGUUUCCGAAGACCAAUAUGAGCAUUCCUACGCGACAUCGAAGAUGAUGGCGGAGCGCAUGGUGUCAGCCGCUCGCUGGCGAGGGGCCAGGGCGUCGGUGUAUCGAAUGCCGUUCGUCUUCGCGUCGUCGACUGGGCAUUUCUGUCUCGAUCGUGGCGACUUCUUGCACAAUCUGAUUGCUGGGAGCAUUCAGAUGGGCAGCUUUCCUGUCGUGGAUGCAGACUUGUCGACUGUGCUUCCAGUGGACUACCUUUGCAGAAGCAUGGUCGAUGUCGUAACGCGGGAUGUGUCGCGGAUUGGGCAAGAUUUCGACUUCAAACACGAGGACGCUCCAUCAUUUGGUGAAUUGUUUGGGAUGCUGAUUGCUGCCGGGGCCGCGAAAGGGACGAUGCCAUUUUUGGACUGGCGUGAUAAGGCGCUUAGUCAUGCCUCGGCUCAUCCAACCAGCUCGCUCGCUCGUAUUGCAACUGUGCUUGACGGCUGCGAUGAAGCAGCAGUCGCCGCCAUGUUUGGCACUCUUCCCCUAGGACCAAAUGUUCUCGAUGGAAACCGGCGCAGCGGCCAUUCUACUCCUCUAGUUGGUGUUCAAUUUGUGGAAAACUAUCUCAACCAAAUAUCCGCCGCAUCAUGGUCGAAGUUUAUAGAGUAA